AAUUUAUAAUCUGCACUAUCCGAGAAUACUUUCAACUUAGGUGGGCUUAAAACCUUAGACAUUGUUGUUUGAGAUAAUAAAGUAAACAGUCCAUUUCUGUCAAAAUUUUUAUGUCUGAUUAGUUUCGAAUUGGAAGAAUUAAAGCAGUAGUCUAGAACCAAGAUUUCAAAAAUUUCUAUUUCAGAAUGCCUGGUGAUGGGCCAAAAAAUUUCCCCUGUUUAUUAUGCAACAAACGGACAAAACCAUAUGAAAGAAGAAAGAUAACAAAAGCGGAAAAUCGCUUCCUUCAGAAAAACUUUUUAAUCACUGUCUGUGAUAAACAUGGCACACUUUGCAGCAAAUGCAGACAUAAGUAUUACGCUUCCGAAAAACAAAAAGUUCAUGAGGUCCCGAAAUCUAAUGGAGAAAGUGACGAUUAUUGUCCAAUACCAAAGUGUCGAAAACCCAAUGCUGUCUCAAGUCCCCCAUCUGUAUCUCUUUCAAUACCGUCCACCCCUAAAAGCCAUGCACAAUGCUUUUUGUGCAAGCGUGCAGGGCCAAAGCUCAUGGUUGUACCAUCAAAUGCAAGGUUUAAUGUCUUUCUGAACUGUGAGGUAAUUGUACCUGCUGGCAGUCGAUGUUGUCCCAAUCACUUGGAAGAUGGCGAUUUUAAGUCUGAUGUUUUGCCACGCAUAAAAGCAACCAGUGAGUCGUUUCUUAGCAGGACUGCUAUUACUGACCUCAUUAAACGAUUGCGUGCUACAGCGCAGCAUAACAAAAAUUGCAGAAUCGAUUUCGACAAUUCCUCCAAUCUAACAGAUAAUGAUUACUUGACACUGACAGGAAUAAGCAGAGAUGCAUUUGAUGAAUUGUGUGAGUCUUUGAAAGAUGUUAGAAACACCCCUGUUCGCUCCACCCGCACAUCCUUGGGAAUCUUUUUAUUUAAGAUGAAAUCCGGACUUUCCAACAAAGUACUUUCUACCAUUUUUAACAUCUCUAAAUCCAGUUUGCGCCGAGCCAUAGCUUCUGUAAGACAGUCUCUCACUGCAUCCUUUGUUCCACAAAACUUGGGCCUUCAACAUAUUUCACGAGAGGAAGUUAUUGAAAGACAUACCAGACCUCUUGCGCAGACCCUAUUCGGAGAAACUGGCAAUUCUCAAGUGAUUUUGGUGUUGGAUGGUACCUAUAUUUACAUUCAUAAGAGCAACAAUUUUCAUUUUCAAAGACGGUCUUUCAGUUUUCACAAAGGGAGACCACUAGUGAAGGCAAUGGUUGUGGUGACAACCACUGGAUAUUAUGUGACAGCUGUUGGACCCUAUUUAGCAGACAUUAAAAAUAACGAUGCAAACAUUCUUACUCACAUGCUAAAGUCAAAUGUUGAGGAUAUUAAACACUGGGUUCAUGAGAAUGACAUAUUUGUUGUCGACCGAGGCUUUAGGGAUGCUAUCUGUUUCUUGGAGGAUCUUGGAAUCAAAGCUGAAAUCCCGAGCUUCAUGAAACAAGGAAGUAAACAACUGUCUACAGAGGAUGCUAAUGCUAGCCGUUUGAUUACGAAGGUCCGCUGGGUAGUGGAAUCGGCUAACGCCCGUAUAAAGAGGUGGAAGUACUUAGACAAGGUUCUCCCAACGAAUCAAGUGCCUCAUAUUGGAGAUUAUAUCAGAAUCAUUUGCGCCAUUUCAAACAAGUUCCUUCCUCCACUAUCAUCAGCUCAUGAGGAUGAGGUUGCGAUGGCAGCAAAAAUGUUGCACCUCAGCCGUCAAGUGAACACAUUGAAAGAACGUGUCGAGAGAGAAAAUCUUAACAGCAGAAAAACAACGAUGUGGACAAAUGCGUCAUCUAUUCAGGAUUUUCCGCAGCUCUCAGAGGAACAGCUUCGUGAAAUAACAUGUGGGACCUAUCAACUCAAACUAUCAAGAUUCUACAUCCAGGAGCACCUAGAGGGAAAUCAGGACAUCCUUGUCCACAGAGAGGACCCCCACUUACUAAAGGUGAAAAUGCAAAGUCGCCAUGUAUCAUCCAAGUCUCAUGUCUUGUGGAUCUCUUACAAUGCAGCUGAGGUAACAGCAUGGUAUUGUCUUUGCAAGACUGGUGCACGAGUGGUCGGUGUGUGUGCACACGUUGCAUCCAUUCUCUGGUACCUUGGAUAUGCCAGGUACAUACAGGAUACAGACAACGUCGGUAUAAAGAAUUGGUCCGCUUACGUGAAAGAUGCAGCCAGCCUUCCAGAAACGAUAGAUACAUCCGAUAGCGAUGACAGUAUAAUUGAAGAAUAAAAGCAUUUCCAGUGUCACUUUUUGCUUUUUUACUUUUUCUUUCAAAGUCACAUUUUAUAACAUGGUCAUGACGUUUCUCUAAAAUAUACACUUUUUAAAAAUCUGAUGCCACAUAAGAAUUAAGCAAAACGGAAUGCAUAUAGAGAAUUUUUGCAUAAAGUUGAAAUUAUUUUAUUACUACUAUUCGUUACAAGACCUUUCUGUAAUCGAAUCUUCAAUAUAUAUUAUA